AUGGCUCAGGGCAUGGACGCCGACCCACCCCUCACAUCCCUCGACCCUGAGCGCCCCGACGCCUCGAUCAACGUCUCGGCCUCGCUCGCCUACUGGGAAGGCGUAACCUCAGACAACAAUGGCAUGUUAGGCGGCUUUCCGCAAACCUCGCGCAUUGACCUACAAGGGUCAUCCAACUUCCUCACAAAGCUACGGCGCGUACGAGCAGGGCAGGCGACGGCUACAAGACAGGCGUUGCCACUUCUCGAUCGAGUAGCAGACUGCGGCGCAGGUAUCGGACGCAUCACGAAGGGCUUGCUGCUGGGUGUGGGGAGGAGGGUCGAUAUUGUGGAACCGGUCAAGAAGUUUACGGACGAGCUUGUCAAGGAGUUGGAGAACACAGAGGAGGAUGCAGCAGGAGGCGACGCAGGCCGGGGACAGGUGGGCGAAGUAUUCAAUCUGGGCUUGCAAGACUGGAUACCUGAAGCUGGUGCCUACAACCUGAUUUGGAACCAAUGGUGUGUUGGGCACCUGACGGACGCGCAACUCGUCACAUACCUUGAACGGUGCAAGAAUGGGCUUGUGAAGCCUGCGGAUGGUGAGGAGAGGUCUGAGGCGUGGAUUGUGGUGAAGGAGAAUCUGUCUACGGAUAUCAGGCAUAAGGAUAUAUACGACGAGGAAGACUCGAGUGUCACGCGGAGCGACGACAAGUUUAGGAAGUUAUUCAAGGAUGCAGGGCUGAAGAUAGUUGCCACCGAGCAGCAGAGGGGGAUGCCAAAGGAGUUGUAUCCUGUACGGAUAUAUGCAUUGAGGCCGCAAUGA